AUGGAAAUAUGGAAUUUGACGGCUACCAAAAACGCAUCCGUUCAAAAUAAGACAAUGCUCUAUGGAUUAUUUUUAAAUGAAUCAAGAUUUUGGAUUCAAAGAGUUUUAUUACCAAUCGUCGUUAUUAUUGGAUUUGCUGGUAAUGCUUUAACCGUUGUCGUUUUAACUCAUAGACGAAUGAGAAAUUCCACACACACAUAUUUGACUGCUCUAGCCAUUUCGGAUUUAUUGUAUUUGGUUUUUGUAUUUACACUUUCAUUAGAACAUUAUCCGGGUAGCCAUACAAAAAGUUUUUAUUAUUAUUGGAAAUUUUACCGGUUUGGUCUUUGGCUGACGGACGCAUCAACCUGUGUUUCUACAUGGUUAACGGUGACAUUUACCGUUGAAAGAUACAUAGCAGUUUGCCAUCCAAUAAAAGGGAAAAUAAUUUGUACAGAAGCAAGAGCUCGAAUUGCUAUUGUACUUAUAUAUAUUUUUUGCUUUUUAUCAACGGUAACUACUCCUUUAGAAUGGCAAUUAGACGUUCGAGAAAUAAUUGUAAAUCAAAGCAAAGUAAUAUCCUACGUGGGACAAAUGCCCUCAGAAUUGGGAGUAGAUAUUAAUUACACGACAACUUUUUACUGGUUUUGGAGUAUUACUUUUGUUUUUUUACCUCUCUUAUUGUUGGGAAUAUUCAAUUCUUUUUUGAUUGUUACCGUCCAUAGAAGUAGGAAUAACAGACGUAAAAUGACCCAGACUAAACACAAUAAUAAUAAUUCUCAACGGCAAGAAAACAAAAUUACGGUUACUCUUAUAGCCGUUGUUAUUUUAUUCCUAUUUUGCCAGCUUCCCACAGCUGUGCUGUUGAUUAUAAAAAGUGUUCAUAUUCCACCUGACGAUUCAAAUACGGAUAAAAUAUUUCGAAUAUUGGGAAAUAUUUUUAAUUUUUUGGUUACAAUAAACGCGGCUUCAAAUUUUCUACUUUAUUGUGCUUUCAGUGCUAAUUAUAGAAGAACUUUGAUAGGAAUUUUUUGUAAAAAGAGAAGAAGAACGUCCUUAUUUUUUCAAUCUACGAUCAUUCCAGAAUCUAGUGUAUCAAAAUCGAUCGGUCAAAAACAAGCAUUUUUUAAUGCGCAAGCUUCCACAAAGAGUGCUUCAUUUAAGGAUUUUAAUAGUGGCUUUAAAAGUCGACCAUCAAUUUCUAAAGUUAGAGAAACGCUGGUUCGGAAAAUUACUUCAUGUAAAAUAAGUACUCUAUUUAAAGAUAAAAAGACGCCAGUGUCACUAACACUAGGUUUAAUGGCUUACUAG